CGCUCGAAGAACCCUAAAAAGAGGGGCCAUUUAGGUUUGUAGAUUCGUGGCAGGGGAAAUUAGAUCGCCAGAGCUAGUGGCGCGGCAUCGCCAUCAUGUUUACCCGAUUCUUUGGCAAGCCCAAGCAGGAGGCAGCUGCGACCACAGUAGCGACGCUCGACAAGCUCAAUGAGACGCUCGAGAUGCUCGAGAAGAAGGAGCGAGUGCUGCAGAAGAAGAUCGCGGCGGAGGUGGAGAGGGCGAAAGGAUUCACUCGGGAGAAGAACAAAAAGGGUGCUAUUGCGUGCUUGAAGAGAAAGAAGCUCUACGAGAUUCAAGUAGAGCAACUUGGGAACUUCCAGCUUCGCAUUCACGAUCAGAUGAUUAUGCUCGAGGGUGCUAAAGCCACUACCGAAACCGUCGACGCGCUGAGAAGUGGGGCUCAUGCCAUGAAACAAAUACAAGCAGAGACAAACAUUGAUGACGUAGACAAGACCAUGGACGAGAUCAACGAACAGACAGACAACAUGAAGCAAAUCCAAGAAGCGUUGUCUUCGCCAUUCGGAGGCACAGACUUCGACGAGGAUGAAUUGGAGCAAGAGCUGGAAGAUCUGGAAGGCCUGGAACUGGAGGAGGAACUCCUCAAGCCAGCGACCACGGCUCCAGCGACACAGCUCCCAGCAGCUCCAGCGCGUCCGGCGCAACCAGCUCGCCAGCGAGCUCCAGCACAAAAGCAAAGCACCGCCGAGGACGACGAGCUUGCUGCCUUGCAAGCCGAGAUGGCCUUGUGAAAAUCCAAGCCAGCUUUGUGUAUAUAGAGUACACACACCAACAUAUCCCUACAGGUGAUUGAUUUCCUCGAGCGAAGAAAGGCCGUGCUUUUCUAUUUUCUAUCGAAGGCCCGGGAGAGCGAAAGGCAGUGCUACUACUGUAUAGAAGACUCGUUUGUUUGUUUUCAAGUUAAAUAAGGAUAUUCUUCUCGACUA